AUUUCACGGCAUCGUCGCUUGACCCUCUGUAAGACAUACAACAAUCCCCAGGAUAAAGCUAGCGUCAUCAUGAAAGCUAUUAAGAUCAAUGCACUUGGAGAUUCGUCUCAAUUGAAAUACGAAGAGGCAUCUAUUCCUGAACCAGGACACAACGAGGUAAGGCUCUCAAAGGUUGUAAGGAAAUUUUUUCACGCGUGCGCCAAGUAGUGAUUGAGCGCCUUUACUCAGACUCUAAAUGAAGAACUUUUGUCGCCAAAAAGGUUCGAUUAGCAAAAUUUUUUGAUCGAGAAAAGAUGAGGGUUUUAAGACAUUUCCAUUGCCCAAAAUAUAUUCAGACUCGCAAACAAUGACCAGUAGGGUGUGGAAUAGCACAAAGAAAAGUCUGCACUCUCUACCUCUUAGUGUUAUGAUUGGAAAAUGAUCCGAAGGUUGGCAGACAGUGAAUUUACGCUCAGUAGAGUAACAAUAAUAAUGACUGUCUGGGAGAGUCGUUGACCGCCCAAAACUGUUGGCCUCUUUCACUUUAUCUUAUCAUAGAUGUUCAAGACAAAUUAAACAAAUAUUGUAAUAGCAUCAGGUAAAUUUGUGUCCCAAUGGAAAUUAUGCCGCCUAAUCCUUUUAAGCAAAUAAGGUUAGGCGAGCUUCAAUCUUGCAUAAGCUCAUUUGCAUAGUAACCAGACACUUGUAAUUCACACAGACGGCCUUCAAAGGCGUGAAUACAGAUGGACAGGUUGGAAAACAGGAAUGUUGGAAUUCGGAACUAGAACCGGAAUACUUGGAAUACCUAGAACAGCCGGAAUUUCCGGAAUGACCGAAAAAUGAUAAAUUUUAAAAAAUUAUUUUUUUUCGCUUUGUGUUCUAAAACUUCAAAUUCAGGCAUCUGAAUGCCUAGAAAUAAUUCCAGACACCUGGUCCCUGGGGCCAGGUGUCUGGAAAUUUAGCCACUGUCUUCUUGAAGGCAAAUAAUUUACUUAGGGAUAAACAAACACGAUUUCACUGUUUGCUCUAAAAUAUAAAGGUAUUGAGCACAAAGGUUGUCCGUGGGAGUUGAUGAGAAAGGAAAUGCAAAUUUUUACAUGUUUAAAAAAAAUGGUUAAAUAGACGAGAUUGGAAGGAUUGUUUGGUCACUAAUGUGUGCUUAAGUAAGCGGACUUAAAAGGAAGAUGUAUAUAACGAGUAGAGAGCAUUCCGUCUUUUAAUCUAGAGAAAGUUAACAGAACUCUAAAGUCGAUCACCAUUUCGGUACGGAACCUUUUGAGCUAAAUAUUAUACCUCUCUUUUACUUUGACAUUUUACAAAACAUGGGGAGAGAUUACACUGACAUUUACUGGCCAAUCAUUUUGAACCACUCCGAAUUUAAGACAUUGUUUGGAACAAUGAGAAAAUUACCGUAGCAGGAAAAUCCACAGAAAGGAACUUCUGGUUAGACGAAAGUGAUGAAUAUAUACAGGAAGACAAGUUCGGCAAGAAACUGGUCUCACGCUAUCACCUGACAACUUUGGGAAACUAAUCGGUCGAUCAAUUUCGAAGCUUCACCCUCGCCUCCUCUUGGGCAACCCUUGGGCAUUUGUAUGUUGUCUGUGCUUGAGGAAAGGGGAAUUUGACAUGAAAGGCCUUUCAGGGGGUAGGGAAUUUAAACCUUGCCUGAAUGGGAUGGGGAAUUUGAAUCGGAAUUGUCAAGUCUUUCCAGCAAAAUACACGUUGAUUUGCCCUUACUCUACCAGAACCCGUUCAAUAUGAGAGGCAACUGAAAUGUCAUGAGACGUGACAGUUCCUUAAAAGUGGAAGAAAGGGUUGGGAAUAGUAGGCUGUACAACGGAACGUGUAACUGUAAAGCUAACUUGUAAAUUAUUCGAAAGAAAUUCAUAAAACGUCUCAGUGACCUUAUUGCCUUUUUUAUCUUAUUUUUCAUUUAACCCAUUGUUUCUUCUUUUUGUAGGCCUUAGUAAAGAAUCUUAUUAGCGGUGUUAAUUAUCUUGAUGUGUAUCAUCGUGAAGGGCUUUUUCACAUAGCUGGCAUUCCUGCAAUCCUUGGAGUGGAGGCCGCGGGGGUUGUUGAAAAGCUGGGGUCUGGUGCCACUGGUGUGGCAGUAGGAGAUCGUGUUGCAUAUUUUCAUCUUAAUUCAGGUGAAUAAGUUUAAAUUCAGCUAUUUUGUAAAACGGUUGUACCUGUCAUUCCAUCGUUUUUCAGUUCACCGCUAUUUUCUGAUACUUUGAUCUGUUGGCUUCUCAGUAAUGUAUAGGGGUUGCAAGGAGAAUUAAGCAAACAGCUCACAAUUAACAACGGAUCGAGUCUCUUAGGGUAUCUGGGUACACAUCCUGUCAAAGACUUUGUGGAAAUUUAGAGGCUUUGAAUGCUAUUUUAACUUUUACACCCUAACAUCAGUAUGGAUUUUCUCCUUACUGUUCUCUUUGGAUUUAAGUGCCGACAAGGAGAAUUUGUUUCUCAAUCAAGUGCUGCUUUUGUUAGUGAUCCUUUCUGUUAUUCUGGUGACCUUAAUUUUUGAUUAAGGGGCAAUUUUGCUCGGAGAAAUUAGAUCUUAGUCAUUCUUGGGGUUUCAAUGGUUUACACAUUCCCAUAAACAUUCGACUGCAAACACGUUGACGCCUUAAAAUGCCAUGGACGUUGAGACCAAGUGGUCUUAUGGGUAUACGGGUGCAUAAUAACCACACUGGUUUGUGAUGAAUAAUGGAAGCUAUCCACACUCAGUUAAUAUGCACGACUGACAUAAUGAAAUACAAAAAAUAUCAGCUCAGAGAUCAAAGAAGAAGCAGUUUCUUAGCGAGCUACCAACUUUUCUCUGGACCCUACAUGAAUGUAAGUUCUCAGACUCUGUUGCAGGUAGGAAUAAUGAGGUAAAGAAUUUCUGAUUAAAUGUAAUUUCAUCUCUUCGAAACAAAUUAGGAAGUUUUGCAGAAUACAGUGUUAUUCCAGUGGAAAGACUUGUCAAAGUGCCAUCAAACAUCACUUAUGAACAAGCAGCAACAACCAUGAUUCAGGGUAUCACUGCUCAUUUCAUGGUUCACACUGUAUUCCCGGUGGGACCUGGUACCAAGGUGUUGGUACAUGCAGCUGCUGGUGGGACUGGAUCCCUGAUAUGUCAAGUGGCUAAAAAUGCAGGUAACAAAAUUAUUUCUUGAACUCCCAGAUCAAAUUUGUAAUUCUCCUUAUUGUCAACCAUGCAAUUCUUGUAAUGUUAGUUCAGAGAAUUUAGUACUGGAGCAACUAAUUAUCCCUAAAUUGAUCUUUUUCUUUAAUCUCAUCACUUAUCUAGUUGAUGUUGUAUAUAUAUUGUUAGGAAAAAUUCUGUCUUGGUCAUUCAUGAGAGUUAAAGGGUUAACAGGCUUCAACUCACUCCAAUACAAUGACUCCUCCUCCAUUUCAAAAAAACACGUUCACAGUACAUCCCGGUUCUCAUUUACACCUCCAGAGGUGAAGAGAGGCUCUAUUAAUAAUCAUAAUAAUAAUGAUAACAAUAAUAACAAUAUUGAUAUUGCACUUGUACGGUGAAAUUUAACAUAAUUUUGGUAAGUAAGUUUGGUUUUUUUAAGAAUGUAUCCAUGUAUCACCAGUUCGCUCUCUAGCACAAGUUAAUAACGAAGAUUAAACUGACCAAGACUUUCUGUAGACGCUGACCUGUUGUGUUGGAUUGUAGGAGCGUAUGUUAUUGGGACAACAAGCACCCAAGAGAAAGCUGUCAAGGCAAAGGCUUGUGGAGCCGAUGAAGUUAUUCUGUACUCUGAUCAAGACUUUGUUCAAGAAGUCAACAGAAUCACGGGAGGUUCCGGAGUCAACGUCAUUUAUGAUGGGGUUGGGAAGGAGACCUUUCUUAAAGGCAAGUUGUGUUUACAAAGGUACAUGUGUGUAUCACAAUGAUGAUCAGCACAGUGAAAAAAAAAUAACGACAGAUCUAAAGAAAAACACAAACAACGCGAGUUGCGAAAAUAGGGCUCGAUAAAAAGCACUAUACUGCCUUGCGAUGGACUGGCAUCCAAUCGAGGGGGAAGUAGUCAUACUCCUUGUCGGUUCUUGCUGCUCGGAAACCGGGAUAAGCUUCGGCUGGGUUGGCCAGUAGGCUCGAGUACAGACUUCACCUCUUAUUUUUCAGGCUUUACUGUAAAAACCUGCUUAGAUGUUAUCCAACAUACUUACUGCGCAGUUCAUAUUUAUUACAUAUAUUGUCCGUGAUAUGCAGAGUUUUCAUGUGAUUUUGUUUGGAUUGACAUAAAAUCUUGAAGUAAGACUUGGUUUUCUGCAGGUUUUAAGUGCCUCAAGAAACUUGGUACCAUGGUUCUUUACGGCUACGCAUCUGGUAUCCCUGAAUCUUUGGAUCCUUUUAUUCUGUCAAAUGGGAAUGGGUCACAUACUCUCUCUCAUCCAAAAAUAGUCGACUAUGUAGCGACACCUGAGGAGUUGUCUGAGAGAGCAAACGCUGUAUUUGAUUGGAUCGCCCAGGGCAAGAUAAAAAUGGAAGAUUUUACCAUUUUUAAGCUUUCAGAAGCGAAGAAAGCUUUUGAUCUGCUCGAAGGCAGGAAGACAACUGGAAAACUCUUCCUUAAGGCUUGAUUUUGUUUUUCAAACUAGAUGUCCUGAAAAUUGUUAGAAAGCUUUUGAUGCUAAUUAAUCUAGUUAGGCAGUGUGAUGUUUUAAAAUUGAUUUCAGCGCUCUUAUAUUUUAGUAUUGCACGGUGCUUGUCGUUACCUUCCCGUUAACAAUUAAAUUGUAAGUUCGAGAUUUCUAUCGC